AUAACUCAUCUUGCAGCACUUUGCUCUGAUUAGCUCCAGCAGUCACAGAUGCGCUCUUUGAUUUAUGGGACAUUUUCUAGAUGGACAUGAUAUGCGAGACAAGAUGAAUGAGGAUGAUUUCAACGAUUAUCUCCUUCAGCUGAGCAUUGAAGAGUCUUAUCACGAGGCAUUUGCAAUAUCGAAAACCAGCUCCUCCAGCGAUGAAAAUCUAAAACUGAUCGCUGCAAUCCAGACAGGUAAUACAGCAGUCAUCCAUGAGCUCAAGCAAUUUCCUUCAGCCUUCAAGGAAGUUGACCGUAAUGGACUUCUGCCGCUCCAUCGAGCCGCCAUGCAACCAUUGGGGAAAGUACUGGAGGCGAUUCUUGUCUCCAGCCAACCAGACUUGGAGGAGAAAGGUAGGAAUGGAGAGACUGCCUUGACUUUAGCAACCCAAUCAGGACUGGAGGAAAACGUCAGGAUCCUUUUGGAACAUGGAGCACUACCACAGAACCCCAACAGCAAAAAGGAGUCUCCACUUCUGCUGGCGGUAAGAGUCCGAUCUUAUCAAAUGGUGUACGCUCUCAUUGCACACGGAGCUGUAGUGGAUCAGGUAUGUUCAAAGAGGUGGACAGCACUGCAUGAAGCAGCCCAAGUGGGCUGCACUGACAUCUUAAUGCUGCUGUUGAGACGUGGCGGUCAAAUAUCAGCAAGGGACUGUCAUGGAGCAACACCGUUGAGCGUAGCGGCAGAAUGCGCCAAUCUAGAAAUCCUGCAAAUUCUCAUUGAUAGUGGAGCCGAUGUGAAUGCACAGUCCUGUAAGGGUGAAAGUGUGCUGAUGGAUGCAGCUGGUUCUGGAAACCCAGACUGUGUGGAGCUUCUGAUUCAACAUGGAGCCUCACCAAACCUGGCCAGCUUGACUGGGCAUCUUCCUAUUCAUCGCGCGACCUAUGAGGGCCACUAUCUUGUGCUAAAAAUGCUGAUCUCAGUCACAAGCAAGACGGCUCUCAUAGAGUCUGGCCAGAGUCCAGUACACUCUGCUGCAGAUGGAGGUCAUGUGCAUUGCCUGCAGCUCCUGAUUGACAGCGGUUUUGAUGUGAACUCUCUACUUGACCAAACCAUCUCUGACAACUACAGUGACAUGCGUAGGAGCGCCCUUUACUUUGCCGUCUCAAAUGGAGACGUGACUUGCACAGAGAUGCUGCUGAAUGCAGGAGCCAAGCCUGACCUGGAUCCCCUGCACUGCCUCCUGGUGGCGGUGAGAUCUGGGAGGUAUGAGAUUGUCAGGAUUCUCCUGUCCAGCCGAGCUGACGUCAACUGUUACUUCACAGAGGUCAACGACACAGUGUUUCCCACUGCCUUGCAAUACUGUCUGAAGGAUGAGGAGAUGAUGCGAUUACUUCUUAAUAAUGGAUAUGACGUAGGCAAAUGUUUCCAUUGUCACCAUGAUCUCCAUUUCAACAUGGGGUUUGAUUGGAAGGACAUCCAUCUACGUAAACCAUGUGAUAUCUGUGAUGAAGGAGAUGAGAAAAUACCCUUCUGUGACUUCAUGAGUCUGUACUGCCUGGUUGACCUGUCGGGACGAGCGGUACUGAUCCUACUGAACUAUGUCAGCCGCGUCCCCCUCUGCUCACGUCUGAGACCCAUCCUGGAGAAACAAGAGGAGUGGGAAGAGAUAUGCACCAUCUUGAACAACCCACGAUCCCUGAAGCACCUCUGUCGUCUGGAAAUCAGAAAGCACAUGACCAUUAAAAGACUGUAUGAUAACGUUACAAUGGAUUCUUUUCCACCUCUGAUUAAAAAUUACCUGCUGUACAAGGAGUAUGAUCUGACUUAACACAAAUAUAAUAACGAAUGUAAGUUUUCUUGCAUGAAUCUUUCACUGAAUGUUACACGUUGUGCUACGUACUGUACAUUAGUGUAAGCUAUUACUGAACACCAAUAUACGAAUACCAAAUUUGUACUGUAUGGAUGAACUUUUAUAACAAAAAUAGGAUUUUAUAAUGUUAAUUGUAUUCAUGUAACAUGGUGAAUCCUAUAAAGUACAGUGAUUAAAAUGAUUUUGCAACUGUCUGGGAUAUUAAAUAAAAUGUACUUUUUCAUUCA